AUGCCGCCUAUACGUAUUAAGAAAUUUUCAAAUGAAAUUACUAAAGGUAUAGCGCGCGAUAAUAAUGUACAUAUGCUUUAUCAUAUACAUCGUAGACAAGAAGAUUUUAAUAACAAUCAUAAAAUAAACCCAACUUCAGUCCCCUCAAUUCCGACAGUAUCAUUGCCACAUGGUUCAAUAUCUUUAACUUUGGUUACUACUUCUACUAUUAAUGCUACGCCUGCUGCUGGUACUGAUAUUGAUACUGCUACACCUAUUGCUAGCGCUACUGAUACCGAUACUGAAGCUACUGCUACAGAUAUUGGUGAUCUAUUACCUACUGAUCCAUCAACUCCAAAAAUACCAAAAAUACCAUUUCCAUCAAUACCACCUUCUAUUACCACUCCGAUAACAUCAGAUAUUCCUACUACUGCUACUCCGAUACAAACACAAAAUCCUUUAUCUUCUUCCUUUUCAAUAACAUCGACAACAACAGCAACAACAACAACAACAUCUCCAUUUCAGCCAAUACCAAGCUCAGGUUCACCAAAUGACACAAAAUCAAAUAAUUUACAUGUGUGGAUGUUUUCAAUAUUGGCAGUUGCGAUAUUAAUUAUGAUCUUAACAGUCUUAGCUUUAAUAUAUAAAAAAAGAAAAGGAAAAAGAAAUACUUUACAUAGCAUAAAUGCUGGAGAUAUAACUGACAAGGAUAAAGAAAAUAGUUCAAAGUCUAAUUCAUUAACUUCUUCGAUUAAUAGCAUUUCUUCUUCAUUCAAAAUAAAAAAAGGAAAAAUUGUACCCGGAGAUAUUCAUGUUAGUAGUCCUCCUGUACCAAGUAUAGUUGAGGAAAAACCUCACAUGCCAACAUUAAAACGUACUCAAACAACUGUGUCUGCAUUUCAAGAAUUGGUUGAUUUAACCGAUGAUGAACAUUUUAACCUAAGAAAAUCUACUAGUUCCGGUAUAUAUACGAUUGCUUCUCGCCUUAGUAGUACUCCAACCUAUGUUAAUUAUGAUGCAGAAGAAGGUUCUUCAAGUAAUGUUACAAACGUAAUUCCUUUAAAUCAAGAGCGUAUUGAUACUAUAAUACCUCACUCAAAUGCAGAUAGUGGUGGUGGUGGUCUCACAAGAACUUUUGCUUCCGCAACAAUCCCAUUUGACACUAGUAAUAAUGAAGAUAAUAAUAAUCAAUAA